AUGGAUGCAAAACGCAUAUUCACAUGGACUUCAACCAAGUCUGAUAAUUGGAUACUAAAGUUAGGUCUUUUGUCAAAUGAGGAAUUUAUUGCAUCUACAAGUAGUGGAUCCAUUGUUGGGUAUUCAUUAGCAAAACAAUCGCCACGUUUAUUAUACAGCAUUGAAGGUGCACACGAAUCCAGUAUCAACGAUUUACAAGUGAUUGAUGAGCAUACCAUAGCUACCUGUUCAACAGAUGGUGUAAAGAUAUGGGACUUACGAGCAAACCAAGCUAUUGCACAUCUAACCAAUAGCAAAAACUCGAAUUUUCUAUCUCUUGCAUAUGAUAAGAGCACCAACCGGUUAGCAGCUGGAACUGAAUUGAAUGGUGCAGAUGCCGAAGUACAUGUUUGGGACCUAAAUUCUUCCAGUAAUAAUGUUGUAAAAUCUUUUAUUGAUUCGCACCACGACGAUGUAACUAGUCUUGAGUUUCAUCCAACACUUCAACAAUACUUGAUGUCUGGGUCAACAGACGGAUACGUUAAUAUUUAUGAUCUAUCAGCACACGAUGAAGAUGAAGCAUUGCAUCAAGUGAUUAAUUUUGGCUCGGUUCACUCUUGUCAUUUUGUCAGCGAGUCUAGAAUAUCCAUCUUGUCGCAUAUUGAAACGUUGAUGUUCCAUGAUUUGAACGAUACAAAUUAUGAGACUCUAGAGAGCCCAAAUUUCAAUGAUAUUGGCGAUUUACGAGUCAAAUGGCCAAAGAAUGAAUACGUUGUAGAAAUAUUCCCAAGUGGGUUUGCUGCUUAUGGAUCGAAUUCUGAACAAUCUUUAACAGUUUUACCCUUUAACCCACGCAAGGAGAAAUUUAAAGAAGCCAAAGCAAUUACUUUCCCUGGUGCUCACGGAGAAGAUGUCGUUCGCGACGUCUUGAUAUUACCCGAGGCUAAGCGAUGUCUUACUUGUGGAGAAGAUGGCAAAAUAAGCUUAUGGGAAUUGCCUUACGACAUGAAGCUGCAUAAGUUUGGUCCUAGUCGAGUAACAACUGAAGAAACGAAAAAUCUUGAAAAGGAUGGCUCAAAAACGCACCGCAAAAGCAGAAAAGAACGAAGAUUUAAACCUUAUUAG